AUGGCACCCGUCGCCAUCGCCGACUCUCCUGCCCCCACCUUCAACAAGAAUCGGGAUGGCCAGGCCCUCGAGGAACUCUCCGAUGCCAUCGACGAGGUCAACGUCCUCAAGACCAAUAUGAAGGCACAAAAGGAGAAGGAUCUGUACGAGGAAUCCGAGUUCGACAAGGGCAAGGACAAGACCGCUUUCCGCCAGUAUGAGGAUGCCUGCGACCGCGUCAAGAACUUCUACAAGGAGCAACACACCAAGCAGAGCGUCGCCUACAACCUCAAGGCCCGUCAUGACUUCCACAGCAAGACCCGCGCCGAGAUGACCAUCUGGGAGGCCAUGGAGAAGCUCAACACCCUCAUCGACGAGUCCGACCCGGACACCAGCCUCUCCCAGAUCGAGCACCUCCUGCAGUCCGCCGAGGCGAUUCGUCGCGACGGCAAGCCCCGCUGGAUGCAACUGACCGGUCUGAUCCACGACCUGGGCAAGCUUCUCUUCUUCUUUGACGCCCAGGGCCAGUGGGAUGUCGUCGGCGACACUUUCCCCGUUGGCUGUGCGUUCGACGAGCGUAUCAUCUACGGACGUGACUCGUUCAAGGACAAUGAGGACUUUGGCCACCCCGUCUACGACACCAAGUUCGGUAUCUACAGCCCCGGUUGCGGUCUGGACAAGGUCAUGCUCUCCUGGGGCCAUGACGAGUACCUCUACCACAUUGCCAAGGAGCAGUCCACCCUGCCCGACGAGGCUCUCGCUAUGAUCCGCUACCACUCCUUCUACCCCUGGCACAACGCCGGCGCUUACCACGAGCUGAUGGAUGAGCAUGACAAGGCGAUGCUCCGCGCUGUCAAGGCGUUCAACCCGUACGAUCUUUACAGUAAGAGCGAUGGUAUCCCCAGCGCCGAGGAACUGAAGCCUUACUACAUGGAGCUCAUUGAUGAGUAUUUCCCCAACAAGGUUGUCCGUUGGUAA